CAAGUAUUAUUUUCAGAUCCUAAAAAACACAAAACAGCUCUCUACAAGAAUAUUUGUAAUGUAAUUAAUAAUUCGAGAAGUCACUGCUACAUUUCAACACCAUAUUUCUACCCACCUGAAAGGUUAAAGCAAGCUCUUAUUGCUGCAAAGAAGAAUGGAUGUGAUGUGAGACUGUUAACUUGUGGAAGAAGUGACGUUCCUGGCAUGAGAUAUAUCAGUACAUAUAUUUAUGGAGAAUAUUUAAAGCAAGGUAUCAAAGUAUACGAAUAUUUUGGAAAGACCCUUCAUGCUAAAUACAUGACAAUAGAUGGAUUUUUCACAUCGAUGGGUUCUUACAAUUUGGAUAGAAUGAGUUUAGAAACUAAUUUAGAGAUUGGAAUUCAACACUAUGAUUUGAAAUUGGCAUCUGAGCUUGAGAAAGACUUUAAACGUGAGCUUGAAGUUUCCAAAGAAAUAACUUAUGAGGAUUGGGUAAAUAGACCAUUCAAAAUGAAGAUGAUGGGUUUCUUCUACUAUUGGGUUUAUGAACUGUUUGGACCU